AUGGAAGCUUCCUGGCGCCAGGUGGCCGGUGGCCGAGGCCGAGCCCGAGGGCGGGCCACUGCGGCCCCCUCCUCAGGAAAUGGAGUCCAUCUCCGUGGCGCCGGAGGAGGUCGAGAUAAGAGGUCGGUGGGCGCCGCUCGUCCUGGCCCCAGCCACGGAGGAACCGUGGCAGCUGCGGCUGCAGGUGGCUCAGCCGGGAACAGCCCUGCAGGACCUGAAGCACCGCAGACUUCCGUAGCCAGUGAAUUAAUGUCACAGAGGAAAUUUGAGGAAAUCAAGAAGGCUAAUCAAGCUGCAGCCAAAAAACUUGUUGAAGAACACUUUAACUCCUCAUCUGAAGACGAGGGAGAUGAUGAUUUUGAAGGAAAACAGGGAAAAAUAGUUGCUAAUACGUUUAUAACGUACACUACUCAGACAGAUGGAGAUAUAUGUGAAUUAGAACGAACAAAACAGUAUAUAAAUGAAGCAUUUCAAGCAGGGGCUAUGACAUGCUUAAUUUGUAUUGCUUCAGUGAAGAGAAACCAAGCAGUCUGGAGCUGUUCGGGAUGUUACUGUAUAUUUCACAUGCCUUGUAUCCAGAAGUGGGCUAAGGAUAGCCAGUUUCUUGUAUCUUCUUUGACUGAUGAUGAUUUUGGAAAGAGAGAUUAUCCGUGGCCUUGUCCAAAAUGCAGGUUUGAAUACAAACGAUCUGAAACACCUAGUAGGUACUAUUGCUACUGUGGAAAAGUAGAAGAUCCACCUUUAGACCCAUGGCUGGUGCCUCAUUCAUGUGGCCAAGUAUGUGAGAGAGAAUUUAAACCUCCUUGUGGCCAUAAGUGUUUACUCCUUUGUCAUCCAGGUCCCUGCCCUCCUUGUCCAAAGAUGGUUACAACUACUUGUUACUGUAAGAAAGCAAAACCUAUCCCUCGUAGGUGCAGUGCCAAGGAAUGGUCCUGUCAGCUGCAAUGUGGGCGCAAGUUGCUUUGCGGACAGCAUAGGUGUGAAAAUCCUUGUCAUUCAGGAAAUUGUCCGCCUUGUCCAAGAGUUAGUAGACAGAAAUGUGUCUGUGGCAAACAAGUAGCUGAAAGAAGUUGUGCAAGUCCACUGUGGCACUGUAAUCAAGUAUGUGGAAAAACACUGUCAUGUGGCAACCAUACAUGUGAGCAGGUUUGCCAUGUUGGUGCUUGUGGAGAAUGUCCUCGAUCUGGGAAAAGGUUCUGUCCAUGUCAGAAAUCAAAAUUUUCUUUGCCUUGUACAGAAGAUGUGCCAACAUGUGGAGAUAGUUGUGACAAACUCCUUGAGUGUGGGAUCCAUAGAUGUUCACAGCGUUGUCAUCGAGGUCCUUGUGAAACAUGUAGACAAGAAGUGGAAAAGCAUUGUCGCUGUGGAAAGCAUACGAGACUAAUGCCAUGCCAUAAACCUUACCUGUGCGAAACUAAGUGUAUUAAGAUGCGUGACUGUCAAAAGCAUCAAUGUAGGAGAAAGUGUUGCCCUGGAAAUUGUCCACCUUGUGAUCAAAACUGUGGACGGACUUUAGGAUGUAGAAACCAUAAGUGUCCAUCUGUCUGCCACAGAGGCAGUUGCUAUCCCUGCCCAGAAACUGUAGAUGUUAAGUGCAAUUGCGGUAUUACAAAGGUGACAGUACCUUGUGGGCGAGAACGUACUACAAGACCACCCAAAUGCAAAGAGCUAUGCAGUCGACCACCAACUUGCCAUCAUACAAGUCAAGAAAAACAUCGCUGUCACUUUGGCUCUUGUCCUGCAUGUCAUCAACCUUGCCUAAAAGUUUUGGAGAAAUGUGGUCACUUGUGUCCUGCUUCAUGUCAUGAUCAAGCAUUAAUAAAGCAAACUGGCAGGAACCAGCCUACAGGCCCCUGGGAACAGCCUUCGGAGCCAACAUUUAUUCAGACUGCUUUACCUUGUCCUCCAUGUCAGGUUCCUAUUCCUAUGGAAUGUCUUGGGAAACAUGAGAUAAGUCCACUACCAUGCCAUGCUGUAGGACCUUACUCUUGUAAGAGAGUCUGUGGACGAAUCUUAAAUUGUCAGAAUCAUACUUGUAUGAAAGAAUGCCACAAAGUAACUGAAAUUGAUGGCUGCACAGGCAAAAACAAGGCUGGCCCAGAAUGCUUUCAUUGUGAAGAAGGGUGCUCUAAAUCACGUCCGCUGGGUUGUCCUCAUCCAUGUGCUUUGCCCUGUCACCCUGGAGAAUGUCCUCCUUGUGUGCAAAUGCUUAGAAUAAAAUGUCACUGCAAGAUCACAAGCUUAUAUGUGGAAUGUAGAAAAAUAACCACAGCUGAUGUAAAUGAGAAGAACCUCCUCAGUUGUUGCAAAAAUCAGUGCCCUAAAGAGGAUUUGCAGUGCAAUAAAGUACGUGAAAAUCAGAUUUCAAUAGAAUGUGAUGCAACAUGCAAGGAAAUGAAGCGGAAAGCAUCUGAGAUAAAAGAAGCAGAAACUAAAGCUGCACUUGAAGAGUUAAAACGAAAGCAACAGGCUGAAUUGGAGGCAUUUGAAAACCGAUUGAAAGGACGUCGAAAGAAGAACAGGAGAAGAGAUGAAGUGGCAGUUGAGCUGUCACUGUGGCAAAAAUACAAGUAUCACCUCCUUCCAUUGUGUGGAGUUGCAGUUGUAGUGUUUGCAUGGUACAUCGCUCAUGAUAUGGAUUAA